AUGAGAUUCAGGCGGGCGGCCGUUGCGGCGUCCCUGCUGCUGGUGUGCUGCCAGAUCGCUGACUCAGCUGCCCAGGGGGAUGGCGAUGCGGGCUACGGAAGCAAGCACGGGAAGCCCACCCCGCCGCCCAUCCCGCAGGCGGCGCCCAAGCUGCCGCGGCCGCGCUGCCUGACGCCGGAGGGCGAGCCGCGAGACUUCGAGGAUCUCGUCCGCCUGGAGUGCAGGCGGCCCUCGCCACCCCCGCUGCCGCCUCCCAAGGACAAGUCUGGCGGCACGCCGCCGCCGCCCACCGGUCUGACCAUCACCAAGACCGAACCCCCGGGCUACGAGGACAUCUCGGAUUGCGAACAGGGAGUCACGAUAAGGGAGCUGCAGAGGAACAUCAUCAACGCCACCGACCAGCGGUGCGUGGCCCAGAUCCUCAUCCAGACUGGCAGCGUGGGCGGCAUCGAGGGCGGAUUCCGCAUUGACCCGGACUUCAAUUUCCGGCCGAACUGCGGGAAGCGGGAGUUCGACCCCGACGUGGUGGCGCUCAAGGGCGUGCUGCUGGGCCUCCUGCAGGGCGUGCCGGACAACGCGUCCACCCUCGACAAGGUCGUGGAUGGAGUGGUCCCCUCCUUCACCCCGUCAGACGAAACGGUGAAGACUGACAAGUACAAAGACAAGAAAUUCAUGAGCGUGGACAGAGACGCCUUCGCGGAGCUGCUGAGGAACAGGACGCUGCUGCUGGAGGCGUUCAACGAGGAUGCCAACAAUUCUCCCCCGUGCUACAAGCCUCCCCCCCCUCCUCCUCCGAAGAAAUAUCCCUCGCCUUCGCCUCCGCCGAAGAAAUAUUCCUCGCCUUCGCCCCCGCCGAAGAAGUAUCCCUCGCCUUCGCCGCCGCCACCGCCCACCUACGAGGCCGGCGCCGGUCGGCGACUCCUCUCCGGUCGACGACCGCUCGACGGAACAUUCUUCGGUUCGUCGGCUCGUCGCCUGCAGUGCGCCGACUGCGACAACGCCGACAGCUUCCCAUGCGCCUACUGCUGGCAGCAGGACAUCUGCGGCGACCUGUACUGGUGCCAGUGA